AAUUAUGCCGUCCUCUUCAUCCAACGAGAAGCUUUUCUGGGCGGACCGGAAGAACCGGAUGGAGAAAAGUCGUUUAGAUCUCAUACUCAAAAACAUGGAAAAGGAACAAAUGUACCUAACACAUGAUAUAGACCGUGAAAAAAGAGCCGUUGUCAAGAAUUUUACAUUGGUGCGUCGAACUUCUGGUGUGAGCGAUCAGGGGGUUCCGCCGCGUAACGAAAAGGACACCGAUUAUCAAAGUGCGCCGAAUUACAGGAUGGGGCUCCGAUUGAGUGAGCGGCGUCUGUUAGAAUGGCGCGAAAAUGAAAAACAGGUAGAAAAGUUCAUGCACCAGUCAGCAUGGGAAAUGGCUAAAGUCAGUGGAAAAUAUCGACGUCAUUCUUCUCCAGAAGGUAUUAGACUUCCCAAAAGAGCACAAAGUGCAAAAAGUUACAACCGAUCAACAUCAUCAGUUGGAGGUUACACAGAGGUCAAAGUCCUUGAUGACGACGUAUUCACAAACGGUACCGGAUUUCCUACAACUUUAACACAUCAAUCCGACAGUGUGGUUGACCUCAAUCCCAAGGAACUAGAAAAACAAAUCUUUCAAGACUAUAAAGAGUCUAUCCACAAAACGCGCAUACCAUCUACCUCGGACGUAUUAAAACUGAAGAAGACGCGACAGGUACGAUCUGACAGUGAUCUGGGCAGAGACGAAGAGAAACGAUUACGGUUUAGGCCGCAUACAGCUUCAGUUACGUCGCAUACUAAGAGAAAGUCAUUGCGGGGAUUUCCUGCAAGACCUGCGACUGCCUGGUCUAAAAUACAGGAUAACGAAAAGAAGGGAAACCUAGUUAAGAAUUGUUUCGAAAGAGAUGAUAUUGAGGACAAUACUAGAGAAAUACUCGUAGAUUACUUUAUGACAAAACCUUCGGCUGAUCAGGAACAUUUAUCGGACGCUAGCGCAUCGACAGUUUCCGAGGAAACAGCUGGAGGAAGGCAAACCGACGAGAUAUCUGAAUGCGGAAGUGACUUUGGAAGCUCUGUUUCGAAUCCUAGUCCAAGAACUAUAUCAGAUCGGAUGAGAGCUCUAAUGCCAGAAGUAGAAGAUAAGUUAAAAGAAACCUAUAUAAAUUCGUCCAUAACUAUCAUCUAUGGCGAAGGAGAUGAGUCGAAUAAUAAUAAUGAGGAUGUGUCAGAAAAUCACGUCGAUGAUGUCCUACAGGGAACGGAUGUUAGCGAUAGAGAAACUUGGAUGGAACUCCAGGGCAGUACAGAAUUGGAAACUAUUAAAAAUAACGUUGAAGAUGAACCAGAUUCAAUCUCGAAUCAAAAACCAAACCGCUUCGAUACAGAGGGGGAUCAAUAUGUGACACCGCUGAAUGGAAUUAUGAAAACUGACAAUAGUUCUAAACUAGAUUUUGCAAGUAGUCAUCCAAAACUAGAUGACCAAUUGCCUAUACAAGCUGACCUUGGUGACAUGGUGGACGGUCGAUAUCCCAGGUCACGACGAAAGGUAAAUCGUGUCCUGACAGGAAUCGCAGAGGACAAGGUACUUACCAUAGUUGAUGGAACUUCUCAGGAAGGUAACGAUGCAAAUCGUAGUCAUGGUGAUGACAUGUUCUCUACAACAUCACCUAGUUCCUCGUCGCGUCUGACGUCACGACAACGACGGACAAGCACUACCAGCACCCUGACUCAGUCAGAUCGUCUGUCUGGUAUGUACAGUAGUAUGAGUGACAUUUAUUCUAUCGGGUCGGACGGACAAAGACGUCCGAGUAAAUGGCGUCAGUACGUGGCGGCGGAUACUGCACCUGUGCCACAGAAAAAAAUUGUGACUGUUACAGCUGUUGUUCGAGCUGCGCUUGCAUUCUCGAAAAUGGCACGAAAACGCGCGCUCAACAAACUUGUGGAGGAACAAAGCACAGAUCCUGUAGAACUGAUCCGACAAGAACGACUGCGCCGUUUGCAUUCAAGGAACAACAUACUGCAAACAAUUACAAACUCUUGGUCUUUGAACGGGGACAACAGUAUCCCCGAGCUACAAGAACAAGUUUGAGAUGUACUGGUUGAGAAUAAUGUACUCAGACCAUGUUCUGUCUUCAAUAACGCAAUACCGAUUGUUUCUCCAUAACGGAGUAAAAAACCCCAAAAAACCCAGACAUUAUACAGUUAUAUCGUUUGUACAGAAAAGCCUAAAUGAAUUCGAUUUAGCUUACUUUACAGUGAAGUGUUGGUGACCAGUAACAUCAGACCAGUGACUUCAUUUUUGUGUGAAUAGUUAAUACCACCUUCUUGUUCGAACGUCGAUACUGUCUCUCGUGUUGGGGAUUCGCUGCAUGAAUGCGUGCAGAAGAUACAAUCGGUCACACUGAGAAUUGGGGAGGAUAUUCGAAGGACAUCUGUGUUGAUUGCAUGAAAUCACAUUUGGAUCAACUAGUCUUGUGUAUUUUGUUAAGACAAUCAUGAUCAAAACCAUUCAUACAUUUUUACAUUGAUAUAGACGUGGUGUUAAUGUCGCAAUGUUGUCGAUGUAUUAUGUACUAAUGUGUUACACUGAAUAGCAAUAUGCCAUAUCAUUAAAUAUCAUUUGAAAAAGAGUCCUUUUUUCCGGUAUAUUGUAUUUAGGCAGCGAUAUAUAUCAACAUGUUAUUCACUUAGCAAAUUGUAAUUUAUGUCGAGUUUGUAAAGGGAUUUCUGAAAGCGCAUGAUGUUGUGAAGGGGUUUGACUAACUCUUUGAUAUCGAUUCUAUCCCACCUACACGUUUUGUUUGUGUUUAAAACUAGUUAACGGUUGUCAUAUAAAAUACACACAUGUUGGUGAUGAACUACAUUAACAGAUGUGUUGCCGUUCAAAAGUUAUUGAUCUUGCAAAAUAAAGAGAAAAUAGCUGCAGAGCAAAACGUGAACUGUACUGCAUAAACAAUUGCGUUGAAAAUACUGAACGUAUAAAUAUUAAAUGUGUUUAUGUCCUUACUUUAGGUUCUUCUUGUAAACGCUUUUAUCAAUCUAAUCAAUUUAAGUACCAUUUAAUGUUUAGACAUGUUUGAUGAAUAAAUUCUUAGUUACAGAGUCACUAAUUAUGUACU